AUGUGGUUACAGUUUCUCCAUUUAAUAAGUUAUGGAAUAUUACUCGGCAGCCAGGUUUUCCAGACUUUUUUCAAUGGCAUUCUGGCAUACAAGGGUUUAAGUCGACCGUUCUUUGGGGUCCACCAGGGCGCGAUAUUUCCGGUCUACUUUUCGCUGCAAUCCUUUCUCCCUGUUUUGGUAGCUUUAACUGGGGCUCAAAAGAACCAGUCAAUGUCUCCACUCAAUGUCCUAACCCCUCUUUACUGGUGUAUGACUGCUGUCUCCACCGCGGGUUUGAUCAAUCUGAUCAUAUUCCGGCCCUUGACACAAGAAGCAGUCAAAGCUAGAAACCAACAAGGUAAUGGACACCACAAACUUGUCCGAUCGCCAUUUAACACUAAGGAUCGACAAACAUCGCCCAUUUUUGUGUCUCGAGAAAAGAAGAUUCUAGAUCGGCGGUUCAUGUACAUUCAUGCCACGUCUAUCUGUAUUAAUAUUGGCGGACUCCUUGCCACGAUUCAGUAUGGAACAUCACUUGCCAAGCUUCUGGAUUAG